CGACGGGAGGCGGAGUCUUAGGGGAAAGGCUCCUGGGCCGGUUCCGACGCCGACGACGCUGCCAAUGGCCGACUGGGUCGGGAAGGUCUCUGCCGGCCGUAAGGCCCGGGGUCCUCGCGCCUCCCGAAACGUCGCAGGUACUAAGCAGACAAGUGCCUUGAAACAAAAAGAUGCUUCUAAAAGCUGGCAAUCUUGUGUCAUUUCUCCAAAUUGUUUUUGUAAGACAUAUUGCUCCAGGCCAGGAACUAGAGUCUAAAGUCUUGGAAGUCAGUGAAGGAAGGGAGAAAAGGAAAGCCGAACUAGAAGCAGUUGUCAGAAAGAAGAUUGAGUUUGAGAGAAAAGCUCUGCGUAUUGUUGAACAGCUUUUAGAAGAGAAUAUUACAGAAGAAUUCCUAAGGGAGUGUGGGAAGUUCAUCACACCUGCUCAUUAUAGUGAUGUCGUGGAUGAGCGUUCUAUUAUCAAACUCUGUGGCUAUCCCUUAUGUCGGAAGAAGCUAGGAAUUGUACCAAAACAGAAAUAUAAAAUUUCUACCAAAACCAAUAAAGUCUAUGAUAUUACUGAAAGAAAGUGUUUUUGCAGCAAUUUUUGUUAUAAAGCAUCGAAAUUUUUCAAAGCACAAAUUCCUAAAACUCCAGUGUGGGUUCGAGAAGAAGAAAGAUGUCCUGAUUUUCAGCUGCUACAGGAAGGACAAAGUGGUCAUUCUGGAGAAGAAAUACAGUUAUGCAGUAAGGCCAUUAAAACAUCAGAUGUUGACAGUCCUGGCCAUUUUGAGAAGCAUGAUGAAUCUAGUUCUUCUGGCACUCAUAAUGAUAGUAGCAGUGAUAAUGAGCAAGACUUUGUUUCCUCCAUUCUACAAGGAAACAGACCAAGUGCAACGGGUAUAAGGCCACAGCUGCACAAAAAAAGCAUAAUGAAAAAGAAAGCUGGUCAAAAGGUUGACUCCAAACAUGAAAGCAAAGAACAGACAGUAAUAGAUGUCACUGAGCAGUUAGGCAAUUGCAGAUUAGACAGUGAGGAGAAAGCUGCUGCUUGUGAACUUCCUUUACAGAAUGUAUGUACUCAGAUUUCUUCAGAUAGGUCUCUGCAAGAAAAAUUAGAAGCUUCAAAAAUUUCUGAAAAUAAAUACAGUAGUUCAAAAAUAACUCUUGUAGGCAUAAGUAAGAAAAGUGCUGAGCAUUUUAAGAGGAAAUUUGCCAAAUUGAACCAAGUUUCUAGGUCAGCUUCUAGUUCAGUGCAGGUGUGCCCUGAAGUUGCAAAGGCAAACUUACUUAAAGCCCUGAAGGAGACUUUGAUUGAGUGGAAGACAGAAGAAACUUUGAGGUUUUUGUAUGGCCAGAAUUAUGCUUCUGUAUGUCUGAAACCCUCUUCAGCCCCUCUGGUUAAGGAAGAAGAACUUGAUGAAGAUGAUGUGAACUGUGACCCAGACAGUCAUUCCCCUGCCUUGCAGGAAUCUCAGAACAGCUUGGAUGAGUCUUUACCGUUUAGAGCCUCAGAUACAGCCAUUAAACCACUGCCAAGUUAUGAGAACUUGAAAAAAGAAACUGAAACAUUAAAUCUAAGGAUCAGGGAGUUUUAUAGAGGACGAUAUGUUUUGAAUGAAGAAACCACCAAAUCACAAGACUCGGAAGAGCAUGAUCCCACCUUUCCACUGAUAGAUUCAAGUUCUCAGAACCAGAUUAGAAAACGCAUCGUACUUGAAAAAUUGAGUAAAAUAUUGCCUGGACUUAUGGGGCCUCUUCAGAUUACAUUAGGAGAUGUUCACACACAACUUAAAAAUCUUGUCCGAACUUUCAGAUUAACAAACAGAAAUAUUAUACAUAAACCUGCAGAGUGGACCUUAAUUGCUUUGGUGUUGCUGUCAUUACUGACCUCAAUUCUCGGCAUUCAGAAGCAUUCUCAGGAAAAUGUAAUGUUUACACAGUUUUUGACCACCCUGCUUGAAGAAUUACACUUAAAGAAUGAAGACCUUGAAAGUUUAACCAUCAUAUUUAGAACCAGCUGUUAACCACAGUGGCUACUGUCCUAUAACAGAACUUUAUAGGUUCUGUUUCUUGCAAUCCAGGAAACUCGUUGCUAUCAGCUUCAUACUCAAAUCUAGACCAUCCCAUCCUGCAUGUCCCAUCUGAUGUUUCUUCCCAGCAAGUAGCAGUUUACGUCAACCAAACUGCUGCAGUGAUCUUUGAGAAUAUCCUCAUCCUACUUCCCUCCUCAGCCCAGCCAAUACCUUAGUCAUCUCAUGUGCAGAUAAACAGGUGAAUUUUCAAGUCUGGCUUUGUUGAAUCCUGACCUUGCUCCCAGAUACAUAAGCCCUCUUCUACUAUCCCAAGUUUUUGCUUCUUUUUAAGAACUACCCCCCCUCAAAAAGAAAAAACUGCCCAUCAGAAUGUCCCCUCCCUGAUUCUGCCUUAAUCACAACUUUCCAUCUCUUCCUCCCUUUACUUCUUACUUCACAUACUCUGAAGUGCUCAGAUAGGUAUUGAUUUAAUGUUAUGAUUAACAAAAUUCAUUCUGAACUACAAAUGCGAUCCUCUUAAGGAGGAUUUCCUCUUUUUUAACUUUCAGUUAUUCUUUAAAUUAUAAAAGCAAUACAAGCUUGUUGUAAAAAUUAAACAGUACAGAAUUGCAUGUAUAAUUUUAAAAAGCAAAAUUCCCAGGCUUCCUUGGUGGUGCAGUGGUUGGGAGUCCGCCUGCUGAUGCAGGGGACAUGGGUUUGUGCCCCGGUCCGGGAGGAUCCCACAUGCCGUGGAGCGGCUGGGCCCGUGAGCCGUGGCUGAUGAGCUUGCACUUCCGGAGCCUGUGCUCUGCAGCGGGAGAGGCCACAACAGUGAGAGGCCUGCGUACUGCAAAAAAAAAAGCAAAAUUCCCCCCUCACUUCUGCCUCCAGUCCUGUCUCCUUCCCAGAAGUACACUACUGAUCUAUAUCAUUUUACAUUUUAUUAUUUGAAUAUUUGUUUUAAAAAAACAGCUCUUCAAGUAAAUCUGUAAAUAUACGACAAGGAUAUUUGAGAGCCAUAUUUGGCAGGCAAGAAAGAAUGCCAUCAUCACUUUAUUGAACCUGCUAGAGAAUAGAAAAUAAGGAAUUAGCACUGUAACUGCCUCCAGACUUAUACCUAGUGACCUUUUCAUGCAACCCUGCUCCCCUGAGGACCCUGUAAAAUAAAGGCUUUUACUUAGGCAGUGUGCUCAGGUUGGCCUGUGGAAGCACCAGUUCAAAGGCCCUUCUAAGAGUACAGUAAGUUUGGAGUUUUUUUGUUUUAUUGACCUUCAGUUACAGAAGACUGAAUUAAUCAUACCCCUCAGGGUUCACGACACCCUAUCUCCAUUGGUUGAAAGGUUGCUUUUCCAGAUAGACUGAGAACAAAGAGCGCCUGCCUAACCAGAGGUCCUUCCAGACCUGCUUUAAUGAAUAGGUAUCAAUUAAGAACCAUUUUUAAUUAGCAUAGUUAAUGCUUGUAUAUAAACAAAUGGUGUUAAAGUACUUUUUGUUUUAAAGCUGAAAGUUCAAAUUAGUCUUUUUUAUGCAGUUCAUCAUUUUUUAACAUAUUUAUUGGAGUAUAAAUGCUUUACAAUGGUGUGUUAGUUUCUGCGCUAUACAUAUACAUAUAUCUCCAUAUCUCCUCCCUCUUGCAUCUCCCUCCCACCCUCCCUAUCCCACCCCUCUAGGUGGUCACAAAGCACCGAGCUGAUCUCCCUGUGCCAUGCGGCUACUUCCCACUAGCUAUCUAUUUUACAUUUGGUAGUGUAUAUAUGUCCAUGCCACUCUCUCACUUUGUCCCAGCUUACCCUUCCCCCUCCCCGUGUCCUCAAGUCCAUUCUCUACAUCUGCAUCUUUAUUCCUGUCCUGCCCCGUGUUCUUCAGAACCACUUUUUUUUUAAUAUUCCAUAUAUAUGUGUUAGCAUAUGGUAUUUGUUUUUCUCUUUUUGACUUACUUCACUCUGUAUGACAGUCUCUAGGUCCAUCCACCUCACUACAAAUAACUCAAUUUCAUUUCUUUAAAGUACUUUUAAGGAUCAAACCCACGCUGCAGCAGUGAAAGCACCGAGUCCUAACCACUGGACUGCAGAGAAUUCCCUAAACAAUAGAUGUUUUAAGUGGACUUAACAGUUGCCCUGUGAUCAUUGUUUUUUUUACAUUGUUCAUUUGUGUAAGUAAUCAAAGGUAAAUCUUUGCCCGGACUUUGUCAGUAUUAAAAGGGACACUGAAUGAAUGAGGCCUUAUUACAUAAUUUUCCAUAUGAGAAAUGGAGAUGGUUGUGAAUAGGUAGAUGGGUUUUUUUUGUUGUUGUUUGUAUGAUAUUUGUAAACCAUAAGUUCACAAAAUUAUUUGUGUAUAAUAUGGCCUACCCUUUUCAAGAUUAGAUUACUAAUAGCUAGGAUAUGUUAAUAUGCUUUCAGUUACAAAUAACAGGGAAGAAAAAAAAAACCCCAGCUCAAACUAGCUUUUCUUAUGCUAGUAUAUUAAUUAUCUUUUGCAGCUUAAAAAUUACUGUAAAAUUUAGUGGCUUAAAACAAACUUUUUUUUUAAUCUCAGUUUCUGUGAGUCAGGAAUCUGGGCACAAUUUGGCUUAGGGCCUCUGCCUCAGAGUCUCUCAUGAGGUUGCAGUUAAGCUCUCUGACAGGGCUGCAAUGUCAUCUGAAGGCUCAGCUGGAGGAAGAUUCCCUUCCAAGUUCACUCAUGUGGUUAUUGGCAGGAUUUAGUUCCUCACAGGCUGUUGAAUUCGGGGCCUCAGUUCCUCAUUCUCUGUUGCCUAGAGACCUCUCUCAGUUCUUUGCCACGUGGGCCACUCCAGAGUGUGCCUUGCUGCUUGGCAUGUUGCUUCCCUCAGAGUGAGCAAGUGAGAUGAAACCCAAGCUGAAAGCCACAGUCUUUUUGUAACUAAUCUCAGAAGUAACAUCCAUCACUUUUUCUGUAUACCAUGACUAGUUAGAAACUAAUCACUGGACUCAGCCCAUAUUGAAGGUGAGUGGAUUAUAUAAGGGGAUGAAUACCAGAAGGCAGAGUUCAUUGGGUGUCAUUUUAGAAGCUGUCUACUACAGAUGGCAGAAUCAUUCAGUAGUUCCCAGCUUUACAGCAUACCUCACUGUCCUACUGAGAGUCUUAAACUUUUCACACUAAUUGAGGGCACUUCUGAACUAAUCCAUGUCAUUCUAGCAAGGAAUGGAGGAGAGAGAAGAGGAUUUUCUAAUUGACCUAGAUCUAUCAGGGCCUACCCCUCAAGCUGAAUAUGAAGCUGGGUUUAUUCUACCCAACCCACUGUUGCUACAUAAUUGGGGAAAAUGGAAUGUAUAUUGGGGAGACAACACAGUGUUCCCCAAAACUGGUAAAAAUAUUUUAGGUGUCUUAUUCAGGUGUCCUUUUUUGUUUCACAGGUAAUCCGUGAAGACCAAAUAGAUGAACUUACAUUGACCAUUUCUGGAAUUCUAGCCACAAUAAUUGUACAGUUAGAGCUACUUAUCAGUCACCACCGGACAGAGUGACUUCACCAGAUAGAGGAGAACCAUUAUUCCAACAAGGAUAAGCAAGUCCUUGCAUCCUAGAUAGAAGAUACAGUAUUUCUACUUAUUUGAAAAUGAAAGCUGAAAUCUUAAGUUGAAACUUCAAGAAAAUAUAAUGACCUGUUUCUUCUGGAUUAUUACAGCCAUCAUAUCAGUUGACCAGAAAAUUGAGAAAAGUCCCAUUUUAGCCUCAUAGUCCAACUCUGGAUUCUAAAGAACAGUGAAGAAUUAGGUCAAUAAAUACAAUUUAGGGCCUCCCUGGUGGUGCUGUGGUUAAGAAUCCACCUGCCAAUGCAGGGGGCACAGGUUCGAGCCCUGGCCCAGGGAGAUCCCACACGGAGCAACUAAGAUCCUGCGGAGCAACUAAGCCCGUGCACCACAACUACUGUGCCUGUGCACUAGAGCCCGCAUGCCACAACUACUGAAGCCCGAGUGCCUAGAGCCUGUGCUCCACAACAAGAGAAGCCACAGCAGUAAGCCCAUGCACCACAAAGAAGAGUAGCCCCUGCUCACCACAACUAGACAAAGCCUGCAGGCAGCAAUGAAGACCCAACACAGCCAAAAAUAAAUAAUUUAUAAAAAUAAAUACAAUUUAAGAUGAAACCUUUUGGAAGUCUAGUCUUUAUUCUUUUAAAGAAGCUGGCUAUGCUAUAAAGUGGUCCUGAGCAAUGUACAUCUGAAACUUACAUAAUAGAAAAAGAAAAACAUUAAGAAAACAAAUUGACAAACCACAGACUGGGAUAAAAUAUUUUCAAAUCAUACUUGAUAAAUGACAUCCAGAUUACAUAUUCUUAAAACUCAAAAAUACGGCAACUCAAUUUUUAAGUGGGCAGAAAUGCGAAUAGACAUUUCAGAAAGAAGAUAUCCAAAUGGCUUGGCAUAUGAAAAGAUGCUCAACAUCACUAGUUGUUAGGGAAAUGCAAGUUAAAACCAAAAUUAGAUACCACUUCACAGCCACUAGAUGACUAUAAUAAAGACAAAGAUAGUGUUCUUGAGGAUGUGGAGAAACUGGAGUGCUAAUACACUGCUGGUGGAAAUGUAAAAUGAUUCAGCCACUUUGGAAAGUGAUCUGGCAGUUUCUUAAAAAGUUAAGGGCUCACCUGGUGGUGCAGUGGUUGAGAGUCCACCUGCCGAUGCAGGGGACGCGGGUUUGUGCCCUGGUCUGGGAGGAUCCCACAUGCUGCGGAGCAGCUGGGCCCGUGGGCCAUGGCCACUGAGCCUGCGUGUCCGGGGUAAACAAAACAUUCAUAGAAUAUACUGAUAUAUGCUACUACAUGGAUGAACCUCAGAAACAUCAUGCUAGGUAAAAGAAGUCUGACACAUAAGCCAUAUAAGGUAUGAUUCCAUUUAUAAUGAAAUGACAGAAAAGAAAAAUAUGUAAAACAGAUGAUUCUAAAUUGGUAGUUACAUGGGAGUGGGGAUCAUCUGCAAAUGGCCACAGGUAUCUCUUUGAGGUGAUGAAACUGUUCUACAAUUGUGGUUUUUGCACAAUUUUAUAAACUUUAAAAGUAUUUGUGCACUUAAAACAGGUUGAAUGUAAUGUAUAUAAAUUACAUCUUAAUAAAGCUAUUAGAAAUAAUAAUGUCCAUACUACCAAAGCAAUCUACAGAUUCAGUGCACUCCAUAUCAAAUUCCAAUGGCAUUUUUCAUAGAACUAAUAAUCCUAAAAUUCCUAUGGAACUACAGAAGACCCCAAAUAGCAAAAUCAAUCUUGAAAAAGAACAAAGCCAGAGACAUUACACCCCUGAUAUCAAACUACAUUAUAAAGCUAUAGUAAUCAAAACAGUGUGGUACUGGCACAAAAGCAGACAUGUAGAUCAAUGCAACAGAACAGAAAGCCUAGAUAUAAACCCAUGCAUAUAUAUCAGUUAAUUUACAACAAAGGAGCCAAGAAUAUACAAAUGGGGAAAGAACUGUCCCUUCAGUAAAUGGUUUUGGGAAAACUGGACCACUAUCUACAUCUUACACAAAAAUUAACUCAAAAUGGAUUAAAGACUUGGACAUAAGACCUGAAACCAUAAAACUCCUAGAAGAAAACACAGGCAGUGAGCCCCUGACAUCAGUCUUGGCAAUAUUUUGGAUUUGACAAACCAAAAAUAAAUGGGACUACAUCAAACUAAAAAGCUUCUGUACAGCAAAGAAAACCAUCAACAAAAUGAAAAUGCAACCUACUGACUGAAUGGGAGAAAAUAUUUGCAAAUCAUAUAUCUGAUAAGGGGUUAAUAUCCAAAAUAUAUAAAGUCAUACAACUCAACAGCAAAAAAAAAAAAAAAAAAAAAUCAUUUAAAAAUGG